AUGUCGUCUCGCGACCCGCCAGCGGGUUUCAAACGAGAGACGUGGAGGCCUCAACCUACCAGCUCCUGGACCCCGAGACAGACGGACUCAUUCAGACCGGAGGCGAUCACGAAUCUAGGUCUUCAAGACAUCAUGAUGAUCCGGGCGAGUCCUCCAGAAGCUCGUCAUACCGGGACCGAGGUGCUAGAGAUGAUAGAUUCGGAGACCAGUCGAGACGGCAACGCAGCGAUGAUGCGAGACGGGAUGAUCACUGGAGACCGGGAGAAGGAAAUGGGACGCGGCGAGAGAAUGGUCGAUCCCCUCCGCCAAGUUCACGAGGAGGAACCUCUAGUUUGCCUAAUGGAAGUGGAGGAUGGCGUGGAAGAAGCGAGAACGAUAGACCGUCGAAGUCCAAUCGAGACGACAGGGACCGCUGGAGGCCUCCAACUCGGGGUCAUCAAGAUUCUUACAGACCUGCUCGUUCUCCGUCUCCAAAACGAUCGAGCCGGAGAGAUAGUCCAGACUAUGGUGUAG